UUGUUUCGCGUUGUUUACUCAUAAUUUACGUAAACAUAUUAAGCUUGAAAAUAGUGUAAUUUCUACAAACCAAUAAAACCUGUGAAUUAAACUUCACAAAUCUUAAAAUACUAAUAUAAUGUUGCUAUAACGUCCAAUUUGUUAAGUUACGACAGACAAUACUUUUCAUUGUGUAACAUCGAAAAUUGAUCAAAAAAAUGGGUGGAAAAGCUGAAAAAGGUACUCCAAAGUACAUUGCGAACAAGAUAAAGGCUAAGGGCUUGCAGAAAUUGCGAUGGUACUGCCAGAUGUGUCAGAAACAGUGCCGAGACGAGAAUGGAUUCAAGUGUCAUACCAUGUCGGAGUCUCAUCAAAGGCAGCUGCUGUUAUUUGCUGAUAACGCCAACAAGUACAUCGACGAGUUCUCCAAGGAGUUCGCUGAUGGAUACUUGGAACUCCUUCAUCGUCAGUUCGGUACGAAAAGAGUUAAUGCCAAUAAAGUAUAUCAAGAGUACAUUUCACAUAGAGACCAUCUCCACAUGAACGCUACGCAAUGGGAGACUUUAACGGAGUUCGUGAAAUGGUUGGGACGUGAAGGCAAGUGUGUGGUCGAUGAAACGGAGAAGGGGUGGUUUGUGGCGUAUAUCGACAGGGAUCCAGCUGCGAUAGCCGCGUUGGAAGCUAAGGCUAAAAAGGAGAAGAUGGAUAAGGAUGAUCAGGAAAGGAUGCUAGAAUUCAUACAGAAGCAGGUGGAACGUGGGAAGAAGCAGGGUGCUUCAGACGGACCAUCGUACUCGGAGUUCAAGAGAGAGAGCAGUCAGGAGAAGGUGGUGCUCAGUUUGAAGAGGAAGGCUGAAGAAAAGAAAACAGAACCGCUGCCAGUUUCAGCACUCAAACUGAAAGAUAGCUCUAAAAAAGAAGAAAGUUCUAAAAAGCAAAGAAUAGAAGAGAACAAAAACAAACAGUCGGCUCUGGAUGAGAUCAUGAAGAUGCAGGAACAAGCUAAAGAGAGAGCUAAUAGAAAAGACUACUGGCUCUGCGAAGGGAUUGUAGUGAAGAUCACUACAAAAUCACUAGGCGACAAGUUCUACAAGAAGAAGGCGAUCGUUGAGAGAGUAGUCGACAAAUACUGCGCGCAUGUUAAACUUACGGAUGAGAAUACUAGAAUUAAACUGGAUCAGAAUCACCUAGAAACAGUGAUCCCGUCGACGGGCCGGUCCGUCCGCUUCGUGAACGGCGCGUACCGUGGAUCCACCGGACAACUCAGAGAUAUAGAUAUAGACAAUUAUUGCUGCGAUGUCGAGAUUUCAGAAGGCCUUUUAACCGGACGCGUAGUGAAAGGCGUUCAAUAUGAAGAUAUCAGCAAAUUGGCGACGUGACAAGACACACGAAUUAAUAAAUUAACUAAAAUCGCGGGUUACUCACGUGAAUAUACUGAGAAAAGCUCAAUUAAGCAGCUCUCUGAGCUCUGUAGGCUGCUCAACUUCGCCGCGACCGCGCACGCUGCUCAUAAAGAAGAACCCCUCUGCGGUUCGAAACUAGUAGAUCUUUCCUCAGUAUCCUUUCGCGCGUUUCUUGUACACACGGGUGUACGAGAGAGUUGAGUGCCCAUCGCCGCAAUUGU